UUUAACAAGCUUCGGCAGGGGGCUGACAGUGCUCGAGGUGACGACACUUCGAAACUCAAGGCUCUCGUUUCCGAUUGGGUAAAUCGCGAAUUUAAGCCAGAUCCCCCGGUCGACUCCGAUGACAAGCAUUCCCGUGGGUUCACAAAUUAUGCGUGCGGCAUGCUGCUCUGCCCAGCUGAGCUUGAUUGGAAAGACCCGGUGGUAAGGGCAGGUAUACGAGACCGCUCAGAAGGUUACAUCGUGACAGAUCUUUCCUUCCCGGCCUACCUGUAUGAGGGGUAUACCACCAACCCUGACGAUCUGGAAGAGGGCCUUUUCAAGAGCAAAAUCCUUCUUCAGAGUUACAAAGCGGUGUUCACAUCGCCUUCCUCGGCAAAGCACGUAGAAGGCGACGGUGAUGGCGCAGAUAUCAUUGAGAACAACAGGCGCGCUAGGAGGUCUUCCUCCGGCCUCAAGGUCAAGAAACACGUGGCGCAGAUCAUCAAAAUGAAAAAAGUUACACCUCGCUCGAUUGCGUAUAUAGUAUGCCAAGUGCGAUUUGCACUUUCUUCUAUUACCUCUUGGCGGUCUGUUGAUGGAGACUUCGACUACGUGCAAUUC